GAUUAUCAGACAAACAGCCGAAUGUGAAAAUGAAAACAUUUAUUAUCAUAACUCUGUCAUAAAUCAAUUGUGAUCUAGGAUCAAAAUUUGUUUUUUUAAAUUGCAACCAUUAGAUUUUCUCAAAAGGCAAGAAACGCAGUAAUAGAAGUUACAGAAAUUUUAUCUUAUAAAAUUUGUAAUUUUUACACAAUUUUGACAAAUCAGUGACAUAGAAAAACAUAUUCAACAUGAAGGUUAUGUACCCCAGAGAUAGCAAGCUGCUAAUGUCAGAGUCUCAAUCUUUCGGAGAAACGGUCACUUUCAAGAAAAUAGUAAACCGACCUAAUACUUGUGUCAAUGACAUGCUGAAUGGAUUGGCAAAAACUUUUCCCGGAUUACAUGUGGAUGUAAAAUCCAAAGUUGUAUUGCUUCCUCAGGAUGGCAAUCCUAAUAGCGUGGCAAUCGUCUCAGGAGCUGGAUCAGGACAUGAACCUUAUCCUACAGGAUUCAUAGGUAAAGGAAUGCUUACAGCCGCUGCUUGUGGCAAUAUAUUUUCUUCACCUUCCGUAACUAAUUGUUUGACAGCAAUCUGUAACGCAAGUCAUGUGAAGAAAAAAGGUGUUCUUGUCCUGAUCUUGAGCCACGGUGGAGAUACAUUGAAUUUUGCAUUAGCAAUUGAAUCAGCUAAAGAAAUGGGUAUUAAGGUUGAUUCCGUUGUGGUGGGAGACGACUGUGCAUAUUAUAAGCCUGGUGUGAAAAAUACACCACCUAGGAGAGGUCUUGUUGGAAUAUUAUUUGUUGCUAAAAUAGCUGCAGCUUUGGCACAACAAGGGAUGAAUGUUGAGAAGUUGAAACAGACAUGUACGGAAAUAGUUGACAACAUGGCUACAAUGGGAUUCAGCUCUAGUUCGUGUACAGUGCCAGGGCAGCAGCACGCACUGGUCACCAUAGCUCCCGACGAAAUACAUCUCGGCGUCGGCAUUCAUGGAGAACCUGGUAUGAGGAGUAUCAAAAUGGCAAAAGUUUCAGAGCUAGUAAAAAUAUUACUGGAUCAAAUUUUGAGAGCGAUUAAAAUUCAGACAGGUGACGAUGUCUGCGGCAUUGUCAAUGCUCUAGGAAUCACCACACCACUCGAGUUCUACACUGCCGUUGCCGAAAUAGAAACUCAACUUCAUGCAAGACGAAUCCAUCUGAAGCGAAUGUAUGCUGGCACAUUGAUGCCUGCUCUAGACUCGGGUGGCAUGCAGAUAUGCCUGUUGAAAGUUUCUGAGUACAACAAGUUUUGGCUGGAAUGUUUAGAUGCCAGCACUGAUGCCCAUCAUGGCCGGGGUGCAGGUACUCUUAUGAACCAUCAAACGGAUCUUUCAAGGAGAUUGUACAAGUUUCUGUUGAGGUAUCUGGUCCAGAAUACUCGGCUAGAGCAGCAAAAAUUUUCAGAACUUGUUUUGAAGUUGCUGCUGAAAAAGUAUUGGAGAAUGAAUUGAAACUCAACGAGUUAGACAGUGUGGGAGAUGGUGACACUGGAACUACUUUGAGACGUUUUGCGGAAGGUAUUCUAAGCGACAUAGACAAUCUACCGUUCACGGUUCCAAGAGCAUGCUUGCUGCAAGCCGCGCGUUUAGCAUCAGAAAGCAUGGGAGGAACCAGUGGUGGCCUCUACAGCAUCAUGCUGAGAGGAGCGGCAAGAGAGGCCCCUGAUUGGCCCAAAGCAUUGGAGACUGGCAUCAACUCUCUCAUGCAGUACUCUCCUGCUAGGCGCGGUGACAGAACUUAUUUGGAUGUCCUUAUACCACUAAGUGAAGAGCUAAAUAAACAUAAAACUGGAGAUAAGUGGAACAGAACACUAGAGUAUGCGUUAAUGAGGGCCUCUCAAGGCUGCGAGGAAACGCAGUUCAUGAAAGCUUUAGUUGGUCGAGCGUCCUAUGCAAGCGAAUCUCAUCUGACAGACAUAGAUGCUGGAGCAUUUGGAGCCCUAUGUUGGAUCGAAGGUGUUUUUCACGAACUCAUGAAACAUGAUUUAUAGUCAAUUAAAAAAAAGUUACUUGUCCUUGAUUGUGUCAGUGUCUUUUUAAUAAAGAUUUUAAUAAAUUAUUAU